CUCUGCGUUUGUGCCUUCAGGUCAAUGCCCUUUCCCCCGAAACAGCCCAAAUCCGGGAUCUGGCAAGGCCGCUCCACCUCCCAGCUCAGACCGAUGGGGAGGCGAAUGAAGAGCCCUUGGCUAGGGCUGCUGGGAAAGAGAGGAAGACGGUGCCGGGGGUGGCGGUGGCGCAGAUGAGCUCCCCAAACGGGAAACUCGGAGCCACCUUGGCUCUGUUUGAAAAUAAAGGAUGGACUCACUGGGAGUUGCUUUCCUGCCCUCCUCACUGUGCGCAGGGCUGAGUGACCGCGAGGAGCGCGCGUCCGCAGCAGGAGCGCCGGAACCGUCUCCGUGAGCCUGGGUCUGUCAUUCCGACCCACCGCUGCUCUUGGAGCCAGAAGCCGUGCAGAGAAGUCCCCAUCUCCACCCAUCCUGAAACUUGCCCCUCAUGACUUAUGCAUGACUUCAUUAGCGGCAGCCGAGUAAGCACAUGGUAUGUGUCCAGCUGCCGCGCGGUCACUCAGAGCGCACCAGAGCAAGGCAACUUCCCCCCUCACCACCUCACCCACCACCACCGCCAUCACCGCCCCCACCCGCACCUCCGCCACCACGCUCGCCCGCACCACCUCCACCACCAGGAGGCGGGGCUGCACACCGCCCAGGUGACACCCUGCAUGUGCCCCCUGUUCUCCUGCCAGUGGGAAGGCCACCUGGAGGUGGUAGUACCCCACCUGCGGCAGAUGCACAGGGUCGACAUCCUUCAGGGAGCAGAGAUCGUCUUCCUGGCCACGGACAUGCACCUCCCCGCACCAGCCGACUGGAUCAUCAUGCACUCCUGCCUGGGCCACCACUUUCUGCUGGUGCUUAGGAAACAGGAGAGGCAUGAAGGGCACCCCCAGUUCUUUGCCACCAUGAUGCUGAUCGGGACCCCCACCCAGGCCGACUGCUUCACCUACCGCCUGGAGCUCAACAGAAACCAUCGGCGUCUCAAAUGGGAGGCCACGCCCCGGUCUGUUCUCGAGUGCGUGGACUCCGUGAUCACCGACGGGGACUGCCUCGUCCUCAACACCUCGCUGGCCCAGCUCUUCUCCGACAACGGCAGCCUGGCCAUCGGCAUCGCCAUCACUGCUACGGAGGUCUGCUCCUCAGAAGCUGAGAUGUGAAGCCAGAGGCCACCGGACGUUGGGGCGCAGCCACCCCGCACCCAGACGCUCUGCCUGUGUCCCUGGGAAUCUCCGAAUGCCAGGACCCCAGGCUUCUUUUUAUUCUUCUCCCUCCUUCCCUCGUUCCCUUCUUCCCGCCUUCCUUCCUUUCUUUUUUUGUCUCAGGUACUUUGUGGUAUUUAGCAUUUGUCCGCCAUGGGCAUUAUAGUAGGUAAACAGCCUGUGAUUCAAGAUCUUGGUGUGAUGCUUGUCCUGAUUUUGUCGGUAUAGCUUUAUAGAGCAUUUGUAAUCUGAUUCGGUCCGAAUGGUGAUUUCCUGCACCCCCAGUGCCCUUUUCCACUGCUUCCCACAUGGGCAAAAGGCACCGAGACCAUGAAGCGGACUGUUGGGGUUGAAAGGAGAUUUAGUGUCCAAAUCAUUUCUUCCUUCUCUCUUCAGUCUAUUUCAGACCGAGCGAACUCUGAAAUGUGUGAGGACAGCAGGUUGGGGAAGGGGACCUGGCCAGCUCAGAGUCAUGUUUCAGACCAACCAGACACAACUCUGACACCUUCCCAGGAACUUUAGGGUCAGAGCUAAGCUGCCUGGACAUGAGGAGAUGGCCAGGGCGUGAGGCUGGAGGUGGCAUCACAUCAUGAGGCUGCCAGGGUGACCUCUGUUGGCAGGCUGCUGUGGGCUUGCCAUCAGCCUGGGCAGUCCCUUCCUGUUCUGGAGUCAAAGUCCUCAUGUUUAUGGUGCUCUCUUGAAAACCUCUUUGCCCUCUGUCAAGUAAGCAGGAGAAAAGAACAAGCAGGAUGCAGGGAAGAGAAGCCACUGAGAAAAAGAUAAAAUUAAUCUCCCACCUCUGGGAGGGCGUUCUCUCCUCAGUUUUAUUAUCAAAUUGUAAAAUCCAUCAAUCCUUUCACUGGGGCGGAACUCUUUUGUGUCAUGCGAAGAACCCACUUUACUCUUGAUAGUCUGUAAACCAGAACCACAACUCAGCAUCAAACGCAAGGAAUUGGGAGGGUGUGCCCAGGACCUCUGACCUCUGGAGGUCAGAGG